GUGUUUCAGUAUUAACUGGUAUGAAUCAGACGCAUUGGACGUUAGCUACAUAUGAAGGCGCACAUAUCGCAACUCUGAUUUAAAGCAAUGCGAUAACUGGACCAUAUCAAAAAAUCAGCACAAAAAAAAAUCCCCCUGCAAAUACUACAUUUUAUGAUAAACCCGAAAAUAGGUAGUGUGUUUCACAAGUUGAUUUACCGACAGCACUGACAGCAGGUUUUCGUCAGUCUUAUAAUCACCAUUAGAGCAGGAGCAUCGCUGAACAGUUAGGAGAAUAAUCAAUCGAAAUGGCUUCGGAAAAGACUAAUCCACCGACUUACGAUCAAAUUCACAACCCCACGCCUACGGCAUAUCCUCAUCCGGAACAACCUGCGGCAUCCACCUCAUUCAAUACGAGUCAGCCAACCACCGUCAUCAUCUCGAGCCCAAAUGUUGGUCCGGAUCCGACGACCAUGGUAUGUCCAUCUUGUAGGGCAACCAUCGUGACCCGGCUGGAGUACGAGACGACCACCAAAACGCACAUUUGUGCCGCCCUGCUGUGUCUGUUUAUCUGUUGGCCCUGUGUUUGCAUACCGUACUGCUCGACGUCGUGUCGUGAUGCGAACCACUACUGCCCCAACUGUGGAUCCUUCAUCGGAACUUACAAGAAGUAAAAGCUCCACUGCUGGGGGCUUACGAUCCAACCGAAUGAUGCGAAGCGUAACGCAGUGAGAAAGCUUUCCGACCGUAACGCUUAGCCUAGGAAUAGUACUUAGAGCUUUUUUGAACCGUUAUCGAAUAGACCGAGUUAACCAAUGAAUACAGUGAGUGGUGGUGGAAUGAAGUGGAAGCGGUGCAAAUGUUUUUCUUUCAUCCAGUUUGGAGGCCGUGAGCAUAAAUUAUAUUGUGUUUAAGUGUGGAAGCAACGGUUCAAUGUUGCCAUCUAUUCUAAUGUGUGUCAGCCCCACUAGCAGAAUGCACGUAGCGACCAGCGAUGAGAGGUGAUCAUUUGAAAAUGUAUGAUUUCAUAGCUGCUGAAAUGCCCAUCCCAAGUACAUUCUACUAUCAUUGCCGUAGCUAGUGGAGUAAAAGAUGGAAAAUGUAAUGUAAACAUCUAUUUAUUAGGCAAGAAAAGCGAUGAUGCUGAACUGUAUGUAGAAACGAAUCAAACGAGAGCAAAACAUGGAGAUGGGGCGGUGGUGCAGCAGUACAAAAUGUUGUUGAAAAGUUUGCUUUAGAAAUAUUUUAUCGAGGUUAAAGUAGUUGAACCGAAGUGAGACGAAUUGAGUAAAUGUAGGGUAAUGUACCGGAAGCUGUUGCCCUAAGAAGUAUGCAGUAGUUCAAACUCUGGAAACAGUUUCAAUGGAAUAACUUUUCGUGAAAGGUAUAGUAACGCGAAUACAUAGGACUUUUAUCUUUUAGUUUUAAUAAAUGUGAUGAGUUAAA